ACCCUGGUGGCUUUGGCCGGCUGACCUCCUUAUAUCGGCGGAGAGGGGACGUGUCUCCAUUUCCCUCCGGAGGGGCCAUGAGUUUCGAACCGGCCCCGUACCCCACCUUGAAAUGCUGCCCCGAAGCCUACCUCCAGCGGUUUGUGGACCCCGCAAGUCAUUUCUCCUGGAGGGAGAGCUAUUACCGCUCCGCCAUGUCUCAGGGCUCCCAGACCAGGGAAUACGUCCAUCCGGAGUUUUUUGAGCAGCUUUGGGACAUCCUAGAGCAGCCAAUAUGUUCAGUCCAGCCCAUUGACUUGAAUUUUUUGGAGGAGCCGGUGGAGAAUGGCUCUUCAAACAAGAUCGAAAUCAGCAUGGAUUGCAUCCGGAUGCAGGAUUCGGACCUAGGCGACCCGAUGUGGCCACAAUACACCAACCUGGGCCUGCUCAACAGCAUGGACCAGCAGAUCCAGAACGGCUCCUCGUCCACCAGCCCCUACAACACGGAGCAUGCGCAGAACAGCGUCACGGCCCCCUCGCCCUACGCCCAGCCCAGCUCCACCUUUGACGCCCUCUCCCCGUCCCCCGCCAUCCCCUCCAACACAGACUACCCCGGGCCUCACACCUUCGACGUCUCAUUUCAACAGUCCAGCACCGCCAAGUCGGCCACCUGGACGUAUUCAACUGAACUGAAGAAGCUCUACUGCCAGAUUGCCAAGACGUGUCCCAUCCAGAUCAAGGUGAUGACCCCUCCGCCGCAGGGGGCCGUCAUCCGCGCCAUGCCCGUCUACAAGAAGGCCGAGCACGUCACCGAAGUGGUCAAGCGCUGCCCCAACCACGAGCUCAGCCGGGAGUUCAACGAGGGUCAGAUUGCGCCUCCAAGCCAUCUCAUUCGCGUGGAAGGCAACAGCCAUGCCCAGUACGUGGAAGACCCCAUCACUGGGAGGCAGAGCGUCCUGGUGCCCUAUGAGCCCCCCCAGGUUGGCACUGAAUUUACAACUGUGCUGUACAAUUUCAUGUGCAACAGCAGCUGCGUUGGGGGCAUGAACCGGCGUCCGAUCCUUAUCAUUGUGACGCUCGAAACAAGAGAUGGACAAGUCCUGGGCCGCCGGUGCUUUGAGGCUCGGAUCUGCGCCUGCCCCGGAAGGGACCGGAAGGCCGACGAGGACAGCAUCCGGAAGCAGCAAGUCUCCGACGGCACAAAGAACGGUGACGGUACGAAGCGCCCUUUCCGGCAGAGCACCCACGGCAUCCAAAUGACUUCCGUCAAAAAGAGGCGCACUCCGGAUGAUGAGCUCUUAUACCUGCCAGUUCGGGGCCGGGAGACAUACGAGAUGCUGCUGAAGAUCAAGGAGUCUUUGGAGCUGAUGCAGUACCUCCCUCAGCACACGAUCGAGACCUACAGGCAGCAGCAACAACAACAACAGCAACACCAGCAUUUGCUACAGAAACAGGCCUCCUUGCAGUCCCCCUCGUCCUACGGCUCCAACUCCCCUCCGCUGGGCAAGAUGAACAGCGUGAACAAGCUGCCCUCGGUCAGCCAGCUCAUGAACCCGCAGCAGCGCAACGCCCUGACGCCCACCUCCCUCCCGGACAGCUUGGGAGCCAACAUUCCCAUGAUGGGGCACAUGGCCAUGGCCGGGGACAUGAACGGGCUGAGCCCCACGCAGGCGCUGCCCCCUCCGCUCUCCAUGCCCUCCACAUCCCACUGCACCCCGCCGCCUCCCUACCCCACAGACUGCAGUAUUGUCAGUUUCUUAGCAAGGCUGGGCUGUUCUUCCUGCGUGGAUUAUUUCACGGCGCAAGGGCUGACCACCAUCUAUCAGAUUGAACACUACUCCAUGGAUGAUCUGGUGAGCCUGAAGAUCCCGGAGCAGUUCCGCCACGCCAUUUGGAAAGGCCUGAUGGACCACCGGCAACUCCACGACUUCUCCUCCUCGACGCCCCACCUCCUGCGCACCCCCAGCGGCGCCUCCACCGUCAGCGUGGGCUCCUCCGAAACCCGUGGGGAGCGGGUCAUUGACGCCGUGCGCUUCACGCUCCGCCAGACCAUCUCCUUCCCGCCCCGCGACGAGUGGAACGACUUCAACUUUGACCUGGACGCCCGCCGGAACAAGCAGCAGCAGCGCAUCAAGGAGGAGGGGGAGUGAGGCGCCACAACAGCGCCCCCGAGGCUCCCGGCGCCCCUCGCAAGCGCAUGAGCCCAUGGACCUCCUGCUUGUUCCACAAUGCGCGAGGGGUGCGAGAAAAGGAAAAUCGAGGGAGGCUCUCGCAAGCGCUUCCGUGCUAGCUUCCCCUGCCGUUCCGCUGUCACGCUUUGGCCCAAAGGCCACCGUUUUGUAUUUUCUCAUAAGCCAUAGCUUUUCUUUUCCCCCUUUGUUUGAGCAUGGGAGCGUUGUUGCGCGUUGUUGCCCUUUGGUAUGGCUUUUGCUCUUUGCGGAAGUGAUGGAUGUCUGCAGAACUGUGGCUUUCCAUUGAUAUGGCACUUAUUUCCAUGCUUCUGCCAAAGCCAACCCAUGUUGCGUGGGUUGCCAAACUGGCGCAAGGGGAAUGGGUCUCUGUAUUUCCAAGAUGGAGUGAAUUGUUUCUUGCAAGCUUUUGGGUGGAUGUUUUUCUAAGUAAUGCUUGAUCUGUGAUCCGUGAUCUGUGUUGUGAGGUGAGACAGUUGCAACUUGAAUGCUGAGAGCAUGGAUCCCAGUCUGAUUGCAUGAUCAUGUGCUGUGAUUCAUGUUCCUCUCCUGAAACUUUUCAGUUGCAAGGACAGAGAUGUGCCUUGUGGAUACAUAGCCAAUAAACUCAAUUCUCCCCAUCAGUAAGCAUAAUAUUCUGGCACAACUUCACCUUACAGCCAUCCUUCUCCAUUAUCAUCCUCAUGGCUGGCAAGAGGGUUGCACAAGGUUGGCUUUGCUCCUGACGUGCCUUGCAUCCCCCUUGCUUUUAUUUUAUUAUCCCUUUUUGUAGCAUAGUGGAAAUGUCCCUUCAGUCGUGAUGCAACCAUGGCAGAGAUGUUGGGAAGACACUUCCCUUGGGAGACCAAACCCCACCACAACGUGCGUCUGUUCAGCUUUGCCAUGACUGAAUUCCAGGUCAGCUGUGCAGUGGCAAAAGGAGCCACGUUCCUGAAAUGAAGCUGAUCAAACCAGAUCGGUUGCCUUUUUCUGCUGCUUCCCAAAGAGUUCCAAUAGUUAACCUUUGACUCCUUAAUGUUAUAGGGUUACAAUCCCCAUCUAAGUGAUCUAUUGUAAUGACAGAUGGUGGGAGUUGUGGUCCCAGGACAUCUGGUUGACUACCUUGCACAAUGUUGUUUUUUAUUUGGCCCUCACGUAUCACAGCACUGACCAUGACAGCGGUCAUUGCAAAUAGCUUGCUUUUCUCCAAAGGACCUUGACUUGCCAUUUCAACUCAGUCAGUUGACCUUCCUCAUUUGCAGAUUUGUCUAUGUAUUUCACUUUCUAGGAAACCCUCCAGUGCAAUUCUACUGCCAACUUCUGGUGACCAUAGAUUCAUACUACAGAACUUGUAUAUUCUUAGAGUGUUUCCUCAAGUAAAAAAUUUGAUUUUUAAUUCACUUUUUUUUACCUUUUUAAACUUUCUAACAAACGUGGAGGGCUGACUGUCCUGAUUCACGGAAUUCAUCUCCGUGAAAACCCGCAGGUGUAAACUUGCUUGUGCAUACAUGUUUAUACUGUUUUGUUAUUGCUUUUGCACCGCUUUGCAUCCACUCAAGAACCAUGCAAGAAGCUGUCAUCUAGAUCUGCAACCAUAAUCCGUUUCCUUUCCGUGUCCAUAGCUACUCAUGCCUCCCAUUCACCACUGCCUUUCCUCGGUGGCCAAAUACCUUGCUAAUUUUGGGCACCGAUGCAUUCAGUCUGUGCGAUCCGAGGCAUUUAUUCCCCUUUUGUAAAAAUUGUAAGUAUAGAAUAGCGAUCGUUCCACUUUACCAUUUCCUGGCCAAUUUUCUUUCUCUCUCUUUUUUUUUUUUUUAAAAAAAUGGUUAUUAUUUCUCCUUGGGAUAAUGGGCCUUUCAGAACCACAUUUUUUGUUCAUGUUUUUUAAUUUUUUUAAAAAAAACCAAAAAGUUGUUUUUAUGGGAAAGGUCUGAUCUGCAUUGUAACUCGUGACUUGAUAGUAAUGUCCACAGUAAGGCGUUGCCUGCGUUUGUGAAGCACAGCGGGCGGGAGUUUGGGAACGCGAUCGAAACCUGGACAAAGGUGGGUUGACUUCAAGAGUCCAAGAUUUCAAGGUUAAUUCCUGCAGUUCAAAUACCACAUAUGACAUUGUUAGAAGUAUUAAAAAGUUGUUGAAACGCACUCUGUUGUCAAUGCCAGUGUAAAUAAAACCACAUUACCAGAA